AUGCACCACAAAUUCGCACUCUUGCUUCUAUACUGCAUCCUUUGUAUGCAAGUAUCAUCUUUUGCAUACAACAUAACGACGGCAGCUAUCACAAGUCGCCACGGAAGGACGCUUCUCUAUCCAUUUUUCAGCCAAAUGCAGUUAUCACUAUGCUUGGUCAGUCCUGUCUUCGGACGAAAAUUCGGCACCGUCGCAGUUAACCUUGGUUUCCAGGUGAUGUUCAAUAUGCCGUGGCGUUUACGCGAUUUCAACAGACCCAUGUACUGGGCUCGGGCGAUCAGUGAUAUAGUUUCUGGUCGAAUCACACCAGUAACGGAUUCUAAGAACUCAAGCCGUUUCCGUCGUUAUUCCCCGGAGGUCACUGCCGGUCAAGUGUACAACGCGAUAGAUACUAUUUCGGCAGCAAUAGGACUUCACCCGGAAUGCCUCCCAAAGAGUGUCUGCGAGCUGGUGAAAGUUCCUUUCGAUCGGGAACAGGAGAAUAUUUUGCAUGAAAUUGUUCAUUUUAUUUUGACGCCGUCUGAACACCGGUCAUUUCACAGUACGGAGCAAGAAACAAAACUUUUGUACGAAGCUGCUGAAGCUACGGGACAUAGUCAACACAGCUGUGAUGAUGUUUAUCCUACGUGUGAAACAUCGAUUCUCAGCUUGAUAAGCAGCGAAAAAAGUUAA